ACCCUCACCCCUCUCCCUCCCCUUUCCCUCCCUCUCUCUCUCUCUCUCUCUCUCUCUCCAUUUCCCCACCUCCUGCACCCUCCCCGCCCCGACCUACAUCGAGUAUCUGUCUCCUUCUGCCGGUCCAUGUUAGGCAAUAAACCAGUGACAGAUGGAACCGCCCCUUCCCAGUCCGGCAGGCACACACUCACAGGCCGGAGAGGAAUCCAGCUCUUGAGGCACCCCAUUCCCUCACAGGACCAGAGUCCCUCACCCUGAGACCGGGGUCCUGGCAACACUGAAGGGUGAGACCAUGUGGGCCGUGAUGGAAAGCAUCCAGAGCAAGUACUCACUGUCGGAGAGACUGAUCAGGGCUAUCACCCUCCGCGGUCUUCCUCACGACACAGUGCACGGCCUGAUCCAGAGGGGCGCGGAUGUGAACUGUACUCACGGCACGCUGAAACCUCUGCACUGCGCCUGUAUGAUGGCUGAUCCCGAGUGUGUGGAGCUGUUGCUGGAGAACGGAGCAGAGGUGAAUGCCCAGGAUGGCUACCAGCGGACUCCCCUGCACUAUGCGGCGGAGCGGGAUGCUGCUUGCGUGCGGCUGCUGCUAGCGCAGGGGGCAGAGGCAGCAGCGGGUGACGGUGGUGGCCACACCCCGCUCCACUGGGCCGCGUUCCGCGAGCGGCCGGCCUGCGCCCGGGCCCUGCUUGAGGGGGCCGGAAAGGGGUCCCAGGGCUUGGUGAAUGCCCGGGAUCGGGCGGGGGAUACCCCGCUCCACUGGGCCGCCUGCCGGGCUAACCUGGCCUGCGCCCGCCUCCUGCUCGAGUACGGUGCUGAACCACGGGCCGUCAACCGAGGCGGGCAGAGCCCUGUGUGCCGGCUGCAGGGGCUGCUGCGGAGGGAAGGCGAGGAGGCCAGGGGAGAGAGGAGCCAGGCCUGCCUCGAGCUGCUACUGAGGGCAGGGGGAGGACCGAGGGGACCAGGACCCGAUACCCUCCGGACCCUCAGCCGCCACGCUGUCCGCCGCUCGCUUGGCGCCCGCCACCUGCCGCCCGCUGUCAGCGCACUCCCGCUGCCUCUGCCCCUCCAGCGGGACCUGCUACUGCUGGGCUGACGGGGUGAGUUGGUGGGAGGAACACUCUUCGGCCUUUCUCCCGUGUACUAGAAGAGGGCUAGGAGGGUGAUGAGUCUCUAUCUAGUGUUUUAGAAGAGAUGAGGAGGCCCUGUGGCCCCUCUCCUGGGUACUUGACCGGGCGGGAGGGUGGUUUGGAAGAAGGUUGGCCCCCUCAGGUGUAAUGGAAGAACACCAGAAGGUCCUUCUCCCCACUCCCGGUUACCAGAGGGUUUGGGUAUAGGAAGGUGAUGGGUCCCUCUUCGAUCUUUUAGAAGGGGGUAGGAGGCCCUUCUCUCCUGUGUAUUAGGGGGUGAGGGUAGGAAGGCAGUUGGCUCCUCUACGGUGCUACAGACAAGGAUAUGAGGCCUUUCAGCCCAGCCUUUCUCACAGGCAUUAGUUGAGGGUAGGAUACCAUUCAGUCCCUCUUCUGUAGAUUGUCAUCGGAUGCCCUUCGCCCCCUCUCCCAGGUACUAGAUGAGAUUAGGAGGGCGAUGGCCCACUCUCUGGUAUUCUAAACAAGUAUAUGAGGCCUUUUCCCCUGUCCCAGGUAGCAGCUUGGGGUAGAAGGCCUUUUGGCCCCUCUCCUGUACUCAAGAUAUGCAUAGGAAUCUGUCCAGCCCCUCUUGCUUACUAGACGGGAAGAGGGAAGGGUUUUAGUCCUUCUGCUGGGAACUAGACGGGGAUAGGAAGACAAUUGGCUCCUCUGUCUCUCUCCUGCCAACACUGCCUACUCUGUAAUGUGUACAUGUUUUGAAUGAGAGUCUGUGUGUGUGUGUGUGUGACAUUGGGACGUAGGCUUGAGUAUGUCCGCACUGAAGAGCUUAUUAUCUGCAAUGUACUCUACGUGUUCACAAAUUCUGGAGCCAAUAAACAUUUGCAGAGUUCCUGACUGUGGUCAUUUUCAAGCCUCACACUUGGCGUUCCCUCCUCGCUGCCCCGUUACACACUCCCGUGGUCAGACACAGAACGAAGCUCCCUCCACACUGGCCCAUCACUCUCUCUUUGGGGUCAAAUAUGCAGUGCAGCUCCCUCUACACUGUCCAAUAACACUCUCCCGGGAUCAGAUACAGAGUGAAGCUCCCUCCACACCACCCCGUUACACUCCCUGUAUCUGAUACAGAGUGCAGUUUUUGCCACACUGUCUUAUCACUUGGAGUCAUCUCUGAUCCUCAUCCAGGCAGAUCGAAUUAGUGUCAACUGGCAAAACAAUCCUCAUGGACAAGGGGAACUAAAAUGCCUUUUCUGUGCUGUACAACUCUAUAUCUGUUCUUUAACUCAGCUCCAUUUUUAAUUGUUUCAACAUUUGCCUUCAACUGUCGAAGCCCUAAGCUGU